UCUUCACAAAAGAAGUUAGAGAAACAUAAAACACGUGUUUAUAUUCAUGGCUGCACAUUGCCUUUUAGAUAAACUUAUCAAAUUAUUAAUUGAACGCUCAUUCAUUGUAAAACCGAGUAAUUUCUUGAAAAGACAGCAUACACACAAUGUUUACAGCUAUGGACCGCCCGGCGCAUUACUUCGACAUAACAUUUUACAAGAAUGGCGAAGGUACGUCCUCUACAACAAUGAGGAGACUUUCUGGGUGGAAAAUUCAAAAUCCAUUACUGCGGGAACUCCAUCAGAUACUAGUAUAGGGGUGGAACAUUACAAUUCAUCUAUACUGCAUCACUGUCCCGAAAACUAUCUUGUCAUUGCUAAACAGUUAAACAAAAAAUUGUCGUUUUCUGUAGCCCACACAUCUGUUUGUUUUGAUCUGCAGCGAACAUCGGGUGAGAACCGGUCUUUUUUAGAAUCGUCCGAAAAUACAGAGCUGACUGUUACACAUUUCUGUCCAUCCACAACCAUCGUCUCCUCCUUUAGUGACUGUCAUAGACGUAGACUGAAAUGGUGGCGUCAGUAUGCACGUUUCCCUUCCAAUUUUAUUUUGUCAGAUCCACAGCAGUUAAAUGUCAAUAAUGAAACUUUCCAGCUGUUUAAAGUUCAAUUCCAUUUUCCUUGGGGUUGGGACACCAUUGAAACAAUUAUAAACUGGCGUGAUUAUCCUCUCCAAGGUAUAAAAGAUGUGCUUUUGUCGGAUAUAUCUGCUCAAAGUAAAAUUCGACGUUCUGUUUCCUUACCAUGUGUUAUUGAAUCUACAGCUAUUCUAGAGAGAGCAUUCUUGGCCUUCCUUCUAGAUUCUUUUCAGGAGAGUAUUCACACUAAUAGUAAGAGUAAGACUCGUUCUGAGUCCAAAACCAGAAGCAUACUGAAACUUCACAGAAGACUUGUGCCUUAUAAAAUCGGUAUCAGCGUAAGUGGGAGUAAGGCUUCCUAUUUACGAAAGAUGGCGUUACGUAUUAUAAAAGACAUUGAAAACCUGGAACUGCAAGUAUUUCAUCGUUUAGACACUACUAAUUCUCUUGAGAAGCAGUAUGUGAUGUUUGAUGAAUUAGGUGUACUAUUAACAAUAGUUAUUAAUGACUCUACACUGGAAAGUGGAAUUAUUGGAUUGCGAAGUCGUGAUACAUCUUUAAAAGAACCACUUCAUGUUGCCACACUGAAAGAUACAAUUUUAAAGAAUAUUCAAUAGCAAAAAUAAGUUAAUUAGUUUUUAAAUACCUAUAUUUUUUCACAUCUUGUGUUGUUUGGUUUGUUGCCUUUUGUUGACCAACUGCAUCCCAGCUAAUACUAUCCUGUGUUUUUUUCUUUUCCCUCUCAGACAAUAUACAGGGGUGGACAAAAGUAGGUAGUUAUACAAUUGCUUGAUGUGAGUGGAAUGUUCUUAUCAUUUCUCUAUAAUAAAAAAAAAAAGAGAGCUUCCAAUGAACUAGACAUCUCCCACAGAUCCUUUAAUCAAUUUACGAAUUGCUUAGGUUUAAAAAAGGAAUGGAGAAAUGAAAAAAACAUUCCACUCAUAUUAAGCAACUGUAUACCUACUUUUUCCCACCCCUGUAUUUAAAAUGUCCUGUGUAUCUCAUGUUUUUAGUUGAGGGUCUCUCAUUUACUUGUGAUUUUACCAUAUGUGAGCUGAGACCUCCAUUCUAACAGUUGAGAAAGUCUUACGUACCAUACAGCCCUAUCGGUUUUCUUGAUAUGUGAGCAUAGCUGUAGUUUUGUUCAAUCAAUUUCGUGCAGAGAUGACUGAGUGAUACUACCAUGAAAGGCAUCAAGCAGGCAGAAUCAUUAGCAUGCCGAGCAAAAUGUCUAACAGCAUUCCAUCUGUCUUUAUGUUCUGAGUUCAAAUUCUGGCUAGGUUGACUUUGCUAUUCAUGUUUUCAGGGUUGUUGAAAUAAGUACCAGUUGAGCACUGAGGUUGAUGUAAUCAACUGGCCUCCUACCUCCACAAUUGCUGACCUUGUACCAAAAUAUGAAACCAAUGUUAAUUAGCCUGUUUCACUGCAUCAGCAUUAGUAAUGAAGUGAUUUUCUUCUAACAGCUUCAACCCAUUUAAACUGAAGACAGCUGUAAUAUACCACAAUAGUAGUAAAUAUAAUGGUUAAUGCAAAAAUUUGAAGUAGCAAUUAUAUUGCUAAACACUUUAAUUGGACUACCACUAUGCUUCAUGACUGUGCAGAUCAGUAUCUAUUCAUAAUGCAAGAAAUGCUCAACUUGUAUGUUUAUUCAUAAUGCAAGAAAUUUAAUGAAAACAUCAGAAUGAAAAAUUGCUGGAUAGCAUUAUUCUCAAGUGUAGAAAAAUAAAAAGAGUGAGAAUGAAUGUAUUGUAUUACAAAAGUUUAGCUGUCAAAAUUGAAGGUUACAUUAUGUAUGAGAUUGCUUAAUUUGGAAUCCAACUGAUAAUGAAAUCAACUGCUGUGAAUAUUAAGUUUCAAACAUAUAUGAUCCAUACAAAGUUGGAUAAAUGGACCUGAAGGUUUAGUUAACUUGCAUAAUAAUAGCAGAAAUUCGCAAAUGAUAUCAGACAUUAUCUUUCACUUUCUACUCGUUUCAGCCAUUGGACUGUGGACAUGCUGGGGCACCGAUUUGAAGGGUUUAGUCAAACAUAUCAACCGCACUACUUAUUUUUUUUUUCUUGCUCACUCAAAGAUUUUUAUAAAAAUUGGACAAAAAAAUGCAAAAGCUGCAGGAAAAAUAACAUCAUUAAGGGAAUUUCCAUUCAAACGCCCAAUUGAGCUCACAAAAAUCAAUGCCAACUAAGCAUUAUUGAGUUUUCGAAAAAUUCCAGCCUUAUUUGAACUUUAGAGCAUGUGAUCUACUUAUGUGCCAAAAAUCAUUAAAAUCAGUUGGACGGUGUGGGAGGAGAUAGAGUAACCCCAAACACACACACA